AUGGUGUCAACCCCAGUGGCUGGCGAGGUUAGGACGUCCACUAUGUGCGUCAGAUGUCCUAUAGAAGUGGAAGGGCACUGUGGCGCUAAGAGAUUGGUAUUUCCCGAAGAAGAUGAAGAAGAAUUUUCGGUGACGCUCGGUCAGUUGAAGGAAGACAUCAUGGAAGGUGCCAGUUGUUUCCUAAUUAUGACGCAUGAAGAUCAGGAGUUCGGAAGUUUGAUGCAAGAACGAUCGUCCACUAGUAAUAGUAAUGGACGAUCGGUUGUGGAUGAGUUUCCGGACGUCUUUCCGGAAGAAAUACCUGGACUACCUCCUGCUCGCGAGGUUGAGUUCACGAUCGACUUGGUGACAACGGCGGCACCCAUCUCUGUUCAACCAUAUCGCAUGUCGCCUGCAGAGUUGGUUGAACUUUAG